AUGGCUCCAAACCUCGACACUCUCCCGAUGGAGAUUCUCCUCCGCAUCGCCGAGAUGAGCACCUGGGGCGUCUCUCCCUCAUCCGAAAAAGCCCACCCCGCGACCUACGCAAGAAACCACGCUUCGCUCGCCCGUACAUGCCGCUGGCUGUACGAAACGCUAAACGGUAAACUCUACAAGCGCAAUCUCAAGAAUGAUCAAGUCACAGAGUCAUGCCUCCUAUGGGCGGUAGAUGUUGGCAACCUCGACACGGUCAAGCGCGCCGUGGCCCAUGGAGCAAACCUAGAUAUGCAAGUUGAAGUACACAAAGAGACGGCCUACUGUCCACCGUGGGGGACAUUGCCCCUUGAUCCAGAAUCGCCAUGGCGUCCGCCUACUUAUCCCUGGUCCUUCUCCUUGCUGCACCUAGCCGUCGGGCGCCAGCAUGUGAAGAUUGUGCAAUACCUUCUAGAAAAAAACGUCGACGUCCACGCGCCUGCCCUGAAUUUCUACCGCAACAGCAGGCCGUUUGGCGUCGCACCUCUCUAUCCACUUCAUCUUUGCCUCUUUGGAAUCGAAACCCCAUGGCAUCCCCUCGAAGGAGCUAAUCAGCCCUUCAACAACAAAUCGGCGUUCGAGCUGGUUGAACUUCUCGUAACCAACGGCGCCUUCCUGGUGGCCGAAGGCGUUUCUGCGAUCUAUGCCCUUUCCUCUCAAGGGCGCAAGAAUCUCGUAAACCGACUUCUUUCCUAUCCCGAUUCGGUGUCGCUUUGGAAUAAUUUGCAUUUUGCGGUUUCAGAAAACGACGUUUCGCUGGCGACUGACCUCAUACAUCGUGGCGCCGAUGUUGCAGCGGCUGACUGGAAGGGUGAUACUGCUUUACAUCUCGCGGCGGAGUCAUGGGAGCGUAAUAUUUCGAUCAUCAAGCUUCUCCUUCGUCAACCUCGGGUCAACCCCGCAGUCGAGAACAAGAAAAGGCAAACGGCGCUUCACCUCGCAUGCGCCAACGGCCAUCCCGAAGUCGUUCGCAUGAUGUUACAACAACCGGGCGUGUCAGCGACGCACACUGAUCGCAUUGGCCAGACAUCCCUUCACUAUGCAUGCAGUAGUCAUCGCUCUGGCAGAUUACACAUUGUCAAGCUGUUGAUUGAUAUGAAAGUCCCUCUUGAUCAAACAUGCAGCGGUGGUCGUACACCAUUAAACCUCGCCCUCAAACGCAAGAAGUUCGACAUUGUUUCGAUGCUUGUAGCUGAAGGAUGCGAUCCGGCGGGUUGGGUGGCCUCGUCAGAUUUUCAUGAUAUGCAUCAUGUCUUUGCGACGCUACCAAAAAUGAGACCGAGUUCACAAACUGAACUUGUCCAGAGAGUCGUAGAUGCGGGCGUUGACGUUGACACCCCAUGUUGUUUUUCAUCCUUGCGUUUAGAGACAACACCGGUGUUUGUCGCUGCAUCUACACUGAACGCCGCUUGUAUGAAGGUAUUCCUUCAGGGAGGCGCCAAGUUAAACUCGACCGUGAUCGAUUGGUGGCAAAGGGAUCAUUACAGAACCCGAACUACGUUCUUGGUAGGACUCUUUUGCCUUCUGUUUGGUAAGCCCCGUCAUCGACCUCUAGUGACGAAGAAUCUCGAUAAGGCGGAGGAAGUCAUCGUGUCUGCACUCGAAUUCGGAGCCACCCUCGAGCGUUUACCCUCGCCCCAUUCUGAUUUUAUAUCGGCACUAGAAUACGGGGUUUUGGUAGCUGAGGACGGGGACACAGCACUCUUGGAAUUACUUCUGAAGCAUUCAACGGCCAGAAACGCAAGACGCAGUUUUCUUGUUCGGCUGAUUGGAAGUUCCGGCAAUGACAGCAUACGGGAGAUGCUGGUCGACUUCAAAGCUCGCCAAUUAUCUUACUUAACAUUCUCAUCGGUUGAGGAACAACAACACUACCAACGAUGGUUCACAUGA